AUGAAUCCGUACAAGGCGGCCGAGAAAAAGUGGAAAGGGUUCAAAAUGGUAGGCGACGACUGCUGGGAAGAGCGGUUGCGAGAAUGGUCUUCUGCGUUGAUUGACCUCGCGGCGUCCGGUGAGAAUGGAGCAAGGCAAGUCGACACGAUUGAGAUCAGCCCAGGACGAAGCCGGCCAAUCUAUGCCUUUGGGGGCCAUGACGACUCGGACAAGACCCACGACGGGUUUUUCUUGAUUCCAGAUGCAUUAGAUCACGAUACCCAACGAUUUCUAGCUACGAAGUGCUUGACAGAGUACGCGGAGCCGCCACACACGACGAAUUUACACCAAUUGAACCAACAGGUUGAAAACAUUUGGCAAAAGUCGCAGGAUAGCUCCGCUGGCGAUUCGAAAGCCAAAGACCCGAUGCAGAGCCUACACUGGGCAGCAUUGGGCUACCAUUACGACUGGACAACGCGGACGUACCCCGCCCACGUCGGCUCUAGGAUUCCAGACGAACUGCAAGCGUUAGGAACGAAGUUUGCCCAUGCGGUUGGCUUCGACUUAACGUCUGAAGCGGCCCUUGUCAACUAUUACAAGCCAUCGUCGACCAUGGGAGGCCAUCAAGACAACGUCGAAGUGACGUUCGACCAUCCCGUGAUCUCGGUAUCCCUUGGAUGCAGUGCCAUAUUCCUCAAGGGCGGGCUCUCAAAGGACAUUGCACCGCUGGAGCUGCUUGUUCGAAGUGGCGAUGUCGUUAUCAUGGGCGGUGAAUCCCGCUUAUGCUUCCACGGAGUUGCCAAAAUUCUGCCCGUUCGACACCUGGAUGCAUUUCCACUCGAGAAGGAUGGCGAUGCUGCAGAGAGCGCCAUUGCCAAGUACGUGCGGGUGAACCGACUUAACAUCAACGUCCGCCAAGUGUUCCCGACAACUCCAUCUAGUAUGAAAAAGCAGCAGAAAGUGAACGAUGGAGAUUAA